AUGGCCCAGUCCAAGCCUUCCAUCGUCAUCAUUCCCGGCUCCUUCUCGCCGGACUACUUCUACUUCGACACGGUUGAUAAGUUGCGCGAAUACGGAUACGAGGCGAUUGUGAAGAACUUGCCAUCCGCGAGCCGUCUUCCUCCGGAGAAAGCGGCGACCCUGUAUGAGGACGCGGACUAUUUCCGUGGUGUUGCGGAGAAGCUGGCUGAUGAGGGCAAAGAUGUCGUGUUUGUGACACACUCGUAUGGAGGCGUUGUUGGCUCUGAGGCGGCGAGAGACGUUCUCAAGACACAGCGGCAGGCGGCUGGAAAGACAGGUGGUAUCGUUCGCAUUGUGUAUGUGACUUCCGUGGUGCCGCCUGUGGGGACCUCGUUGAGGGGUCUGAUGGGAGAUCUUCUGCCGAGUUAUCUUGAGGUUGAGGGAGACUUUAUGCGUCAUGUCGAUUUCGAAGCCACCGCGAGACGUACAUUCUCCCAGAUCCCAUUUGAAAAGGGAGUGGAAUACGCGAAGAAGAUGUCUCGACAUUCGGCACCGAGCUUUACUGGAGAGUUGACUUAUCCUGCUUAUGAGCAUGUGCCGGUCUCGUGGGUAUUCUGCGAAAAGGACUUAAUUCUGGUCCCGGAGUUCCAAACCAGCGUGAUCGCAGCCAUCGAGAAGGAUUCUGGUAACAAGGUGCACGUUAUUCGCUUGGAUGCUGAUCAUUGUCCCAACAUCGGUAAACCCAUCGAGCUUGCAAAUGCAAUCAAGGACGCACUUGUGGGAGCAUGA